CCAAGCCCACAGGACGUCCAUCCAGUCCGCUGCUAACAGCUACCGCCACAGUCCCUGGAGUUAGCCACCGAGCUAGCCAUGAGCUAACAGGCACACCAAGCCGAGUGUUUUUAUUUAGCCUUCCCUCUCUCAGCUUUACUCUAUCAUUCUGCCCAAGGGGAACCAUUUAACUCACAGGGUUAUCACUCUGCACUUAGCGGCUCCUGGAAUUCUUUUACGAUCUUUGUUCCAGAGUCCCACCCACCGUCUGCCUUGACCUUUAACCUCCUGGCGCGUGCGUCUACACGGAGCCAUGGCCGCUGCGAAACCCAAAGGACAGAACUCUCUGGCCCUACACAAAGUGAUCAUGGUGGGCAGUGGAGGCGUGGGGAAAUCAGCCCUCACUCUGCAGUUCAUGUAUGACGAGUUUGUUGAAGACUACGAGCCGACUAAAGCCGACAGUUACAGGAAGAAAGUGGUGCUGGAUGGAGAGGAGGUGCAGAUAGACAUCCUUGACACAGCCGGCCAAGAGGACUACGCAGCCAUUCGGGAUAACUACUUCCGCAGUGGCGAGGGUUUCCUCUGCGUGUUUUCCAUCACAGAGCUGGAGUCUUUUGCAGCAACAGUUGACUUUAGAGAGCAGAUUCUUCGAGUGAAGGAGGAUGAAAACGUUCCCUUCCUCUUGGUUGGUAACAAAUCAGACUUGGACGACCGGCGGCAGGUUAGCGCGGACGAAGCGAAGGCACGCGCUGAGCAAUGGGGAGUGUGCUACGUGGAGACCUCUGCCAAAACCCGUGCCAAUGUGGAUAAGGUGUUUUUUGACCUGAUGAGAGAGAUCCGAGCAAGAAAAAUGGAGGACAGCAAAGAGAAGAACGGGAAAAAGAAAAGCAAAAGUUUGGCUAAAAGAAUUAGAGAGAGGUGCUGCAUUUUAUAGUGGCAAAGGCGAGCAGGCUAGCUGCUACUGUACUUGUACAUUUCUCAGACUUUUUUGCAUUUAUUUUGUGCCCAGACCUGACCAUGACUUUCUGUUCCUGGCUAAAACAGGACCUCUGACCUUGAGUCAGGAAGUAGUGAGGUGGCACUUCAUCCACCAUUUUUAGCUCUUAACUUUUUAUGUGCUGACACUCCAAAUAAUUUAUGAUUUCUCUAACCUCUCUUUCUUACUCUUGGCCACAUCAGAGUUUUAAUAGAUGAGUGGUGUUUUCAUUUUAGGCGAAAGCUUGCCAAAAAAAUAAAAAAUAAGACACUGAAACAUCCAAAAAAAAAAAAAAACCAUUAAAAAUGUAUAGUGUGUUUAUAUAAUCUUCCGACAGCUGUA